AUGCAGGAGAGAAGUGCUAUCAGUGAGAUCGUUCGGGAUUUAUUCAUGGACGUGGCUCGCAAUCAGCUGGUCCUCAGUUGCGGGUACAAGGACUGGAAUGAGUGGGAUGAGCGGAUGGGUGCAACAGUUCAAAGAAGUCAAAGUGAGGAUCCUGAUGUGGCUAUCUGGAAGGCGAUGGAAAACGAAGCAAGUUCGAAGAUUCAAAGGCACGAUUCUGGGAACAUUUCGGAAGCUUGGAAGAUUGUUGCAAAGCAGCGAUGGACUCUCCUGCAUCUUAUCAAACAUGCAAACACAUAUCCCCGCUCAAAUAUUGUGACGCACAGUCCAACACAGGAUGCCAUAUUGCAGGCUAUUGGAGAUGAAUUCGGUACAUGUUAG